AUGGAGAAUAUGGACUUCAGAGGCGGACCGGAAAGAGGUCCCGACAAAGAUCCGAGGCUGAAUUCGGCAGUGUUUAUGGAUCAGGGUCACCCCCACCAGCUGGCGACAGGAGAGCAGAGAGGAGUUGAUCCCUACAAGCUGGUGGAAGUACAAUUAAGUGGCGGAGCUCCUUGGGGAUUUACAUUAAAAGGCGGCAAAGAACAUGGAGAACCUCUGAUCAUCACUAAGAUUGAAGAAGGUAGCAAAGCUGCAGCUGUGGAUAAAUUGCUGGCUGGAGAUGAGAUUGUCAGCAUCAAUGACAUUAACCUCUCUGGCUUCAGACAAGAGGCAAUCUGUUUGGUGAAAAGCUCACACAAAUUUCUAAAGCUUGUGAUAAAAAGAAAAAAUGAUCUAGCCUGCAGGCCUCAUUCCUGGCAUGCUACCAAAUUCACGGAGAAUCGACUUGAAACAGCUGCGUCAAGACUCUCCUCCACCAAUGUCUGUGCUUCAUGGCCCUCUCAGUAUCAUUCAAGUUCCUUUGAUCUUUCAAAUUCAUGGAAUCAAUCAAAUCUACAUCGUACCUCAGGCCAGUUCAGCUCUGUGGGAAGCAUGGAAAUCUGGGAUCACACACCCCAAACAUAUCAGUAUGGACAGAUUUCCUCUGCAAAGUCCAAUAGCAGCAUUGAUCAUCUGGGCAAUCCCAGCAAAAGAGAUUCUGCAUAUGGUUCUUUUUCUACUAGCUCCAGUACACCUGAUCACACAUUGUCCAGUGUGGAUGCUCUGUCAACAGAGAAUGUGAUGUAUAAAGUGGGUCACUGGGAAACUCAAAAGCAAGGGAAUAGCAAGACUGUUUCAUUUCUGAGUGAUAAUGGAAGAUUUGAAGAAAAAGUUAACUCCUUUGCAACUCCACCACAAUACGAAAACAACCUACGUUCACGACUAGAAGACCAUACUAAUUCAGUGUAUUCUGGGCCUGGAAGAUCUAAUUUUGUACCUGUAUGGUAUGUCCCUGAAGGAAAAAAGUCUCCUUCUCCUCCACCUCCCCCACCCCCUCUCCGUAGUGAUAGUUUUGCUGCUACCAAAAGUCAUGAUGGAGAUCAUGCACCUCCUCUAUAUUCAGAUGGCAUUCAGAGCCCCCAGCAUUUUGAAGUCCAAAAUAGAACACCAAUCAGAACUGACUGGAGUGCUGACACUGCCGAAGAACAAAAGCGAAUGAUCAGGUCAGUUGAGAAGGCCUCACACAGAAGACGAGGAAGCAGCCCAAUACAAAGACCUGGUUUUAUUCCAAAUUAUGAUUUAUCUUCCCCAGGUGACAGGAUAAACAAUAAUAUGGGACAUGCUAAGAGGCUGCAUUCUUCUCUGUCUAGUACUGAUGUUCGAUUUGCCCAGUCCGUUCCUGAGUCUCAGCACCAUGAACAUCAGCGUCAAUAUAGUGAUGAAUAUAGUUUCUUUCACAAUGCAAAAGCCUCUGCAUCAUCUAAAGAGCCAAAAUGGCUCUCUUUUUACAGUGACAUUAGGGAAAGGCCUUUUGAUAAACAUAACUGUCAUCUAAACCAAAUCAGGAUUCCUAGUAAUACCACCACUGCAGUUUCUGACAUGGGUUCUGAGGAAAACCCUGGACUAAAUCAUUAUUACUGUGUAAAAGCGAGGCAGCAGUCUGCUCAGGGAACCUCAAAAUCAUUACAGUUUAAAAAUGAACGUAGGAAUUCUGGAACAGGAAAUCUUGAUGCUUCUGUGUCAAGUGAGAAUCCUGCCAUAACCAUGAGCCAAAAUCCUAAAUAUUCUCUACCUCAGCAUCUUACUGAGUCUUCUCUGGAUAUAUGUGAAAAGAGAGCUCAUUGUGUAGUUAAUAAAGGAGAGGAUAUUAAGGCUGUUGUACUGGAAGAUUCUAGGAAGAUAAAUUACUCUGAGAAAUCAAGUCAGAAUAAGACAUUUGAAGAAAAUCUCAGUAGUCAUGAAUAUAAGGAUGGGCAGGAGUAUUUUCAGGUGUCCGACACUAAAAUAGCCCAAAAAGAUUUCAAAUGGAAUCAGGAGAAGAAUUAUCAUAUUUCUCCCCAAAAGACCCCAAUGUUGCAUUCUUUAGCUCAGGAAGAGAAAAGGCAGAUUAAUGUUGCUGCCGAAAUUGGGACUAAUAAACAGACAGGAUUUGAUGUUCACCUAAGCAAAAAUGCACGAAGGAGUGAUCGUUUUGCUACCACACUGAGAAAUGAAAUUCAAAUGAAGAGAGCAAAACUCCAAAAAAGCAAAAGCACAGCAGCCUUAAUAGAGCCAACUGAGGAAGAGGACUGUGCUGAGAACUGGAAGCAUGAUUCUCAAGAAAAGACAGCUUCUUUAUCAGAAAGUUGUUAUUCUCACAUGUACAAAGAUAAUCUGAAAGAGGCCCAAGCCAGAGUUUUGAAGGCCACUUCUUUUCAGCGCCGAGACUUGGAACCCAAUUCUGCAGAUUAUCUUCCAGACCGAAAGAUAAAUAUAUAUAAUACAUCUCCAUUGACUUUGGUUUCUGAAGAUGAAUUAGGUUUCCAUGAACUUAGACAAUCUUCUAAAGAGAUAUCACUGAGUAAUGGUGCUCACCAUCUUUCACGUAUUGGUGCUAGGAAGAGAUUUACUGCAGAACAAAAGUUAAAAUCUUAUUCCGAACCCGAGAAAAUAAAUGAAGUGGGUAUAUUGGAUGGUAACUGCCAAACACACCAUCGUCCAACUACAUCAGAGGAAGCUUUGGAAACUUUUGCAGAUAAGUGGAAGUUUUUUGAAGAGACUAGUAAGCCAGUCUGUCAAACAUCUUCACAGAGACAUGCAUCCUACUUUCAUUCAGAAGCAGAGUCUGCUACUCCUCGUAGAAAUUCUAAUGAAAUUGAAUCUGGAGGAUCAUGGUACAAAAAAAGAAUGCGGUCAGCUUCUUUGGGAAUUGAGAAUGUGCUUUGUGCUUCUGAUAGAUCUAGUGAAACUGUACGUUACAGUGGCCAUAUCACUAAAUCAAGACAACCUCAGAGGUUAGAAACAUUUGCAGAAUACCAGGCUUCUUGGAAAGAGCAGAGAAAACCUAUAGAAAGCUGUAGUUCUGGAAAGUACCAUUCAGCUGAUAAUAUCCUUGAUGCUGGUUUUGAACAACUUGAGAAAUCUCAAUAUAAACAUGAAAGGUCCAGGUCAUCUCCUUCUACUGAUUUUUACAAGCAGGGAACAUCAACAGAAGCAAAGAGGCAAAGUGAAAAAUCCAGGAAAGAUGAAGAGCUUAUUUCCUCUGUUGCAAAAUCAGAUGAAAGCAGCCACAAUUUGAGAUCAUCUGAUAAAGAGUAUUCAGAAGACUGUCUGAGAGAACUCAUAGCUCAGGAGGACUACAGUUCAGGAAACAAGUGGAAAGUAUCUGGAAGGUCCAUUCAUGCAGGGCCUGCCACAGUUGCAUCACAGCAGAGCCGAGGUAGAUCUGGGACAUUGCCCAGUGAUUACAGAUAUUCACAGGAAAAUUUAAAUGAAAAAAGCAAAGAUUGUGGUGCUUUGCCUCUUGUGAUUUCUGGACUACAAAUAUCAGAUAAGAAUCAGCACUGUUUAACACAUAUCAAAGCAAAAGAAAAUCAACAGGGGAAUUCUAUACUGCUCAAUAAGAAAUAUGGCUCUUUUCCUCAGAGGCCACCUGCAGCCAAACGAGAUAAGAAACACAGGCAAGAGGAUAGUUUUUCAGCUUCACUUGUUUCAGAAUCUUUACUGACAGUGCCCAACAGAUCAGAUCAAUCUUCCCCUGCUGCUCCCAAUAUAGCUGUAGGCAGCUCAUCACCUUCUCAGGUUCCCACAAAAAUUUCUGGAAAAUUUAUAAAUGCAGAGCUGCCAGAGACUGGACAGUUAGCACCCACAGAAAAUGUUUUUCAGCAUUUAGAAGAAAAAAGACAUCUCAAAUCUGAACCUCCCCUUCCUUCAGCUUAUCGUUACCAUCUAAAAUCUAGAAUGGAAGCAUCAAGAUCCCCUUCACCACAGUUUGCUCCACCGAAGCUGACUGAUAAGCCACCUGUGGCUGCUCAGGAUGAAAAUUCCACAAGAAUUGAAAGAGUGAUAGAUAACAAUACAACCAUAAAAAUGGUUCCAAUCAAGAUUGUACAUUCUGAGAGCCGUUCAGAGAAGGCAAGCAGGCAGAAUCUUGGGACCACAAUAGACCCUCCUACUUUACCAAGCGGCUUAGAAAAAGACCAAAUCAAGACACUUAGCACUUUUGAACAAUCCUAUUCACGUUUUUGUGCUUAUACAAGACAAGGUGUGGAAACUGAGCUUGAGAACAAAUCAAACCUUUCUACUUUGCAACCUACUGAAAGCUUUGGGAGAAACAUAAAGGAGAAUGACAUAUCCACUCAUGCAGUUAACUACGUGAGAGCCAAAGAAAAGACAAUUGAGGACUGGAAAUCAGAAGAAUUAGCUAGAGAAAUAGUGGAUAAGGAUAAAUCAUUAGCAGAAAUUUUAGACCCAAAUGUGAAAAUAAAAACCACAAUGGAUUUAAUGGAGGGAAUCUUUCCCAAAGAUGAACAUCUCUUAGAAGAAGCACAACAUCGCAGAAAAUUUCUUUUAAAGGUUUCAGCACCAAAAACUGAAGAGGAAAAGAAAGAGGAGCUGACUCUGUCUUUGGCCAUUCCCUUAACAACUAAUUCCACUUACUAUAGCACCUCUGCACCCAAAGCAGAACUUCUGAUCAAGAUGAAGGAUUUGCAGCAGCAGCAACAGCAGCAAAGUGAGGAGGAUUCUGAAAAUGAGUUAGACCACAAUUUGUCUGAGAAGAAGCAAGAGCUUAUAGAUAGCAUUAGUCGAAAACUAAAAGUGCUAAAAGAAGCUCGAGAGACACUCUUAGAAGACAUUCAAGCCAAUAAUCUUCUUGGAGAUGAAGUGGAGGUAGUGGUAAAGGAUGUCUGCAAACCCAAUGAAUUUGACAAGUUUCGGAUGUUUAUUGGAGAUCUAGACAAAGUGGUUAACCUCCUGCUAUCACUCUCUGGUCGACUUGCCAGAGUAGAAAAUGCAUUAAACAACUUGGAUGAAACUGCUUCUCCUGAAGAAAGGCGGAUUCUAGUAGAAAAACAGAAAUUACUCAUACGACAGCAUGAAGAUGCAAAGGAGCUGAAAGAAAACCUGGAUCGAAGAGAACGCAUUGUCUUUGAUAUUCUGGCCAGCUAUCUGAGCGAUGAAAGCCUUGCCGAUUAUGAGCACUUUGUCAAAAUGAAAUCAGCUCUCAUAAUAGAACAGCGAGAGCUGGAGGACAAAAUCAAACUUGGGGAAGAACAACUCAAGUGCCUGACUGAAAGUCUCCCACCUGAAAGACCCAAAUAAUGAUUAAGUAAUAGCAAUAAUCCUGGGACUUUGUUUUACAUAGUUUUAUUUGCAAACCUUGAAACCUUUUACAGUUUUUUAAGACAGAAAAGAGACCAAUAUACACAUGUGCACUGUUCCCUUAUUUUCCAAAAGGGAACAAGAAAACUGUUAAUUUGAGAGGGAGAAAAAUUACUUAUAUUAAG